CCAGUGUGCCACCGUCGUGACACCGGACUGCGAUGAUCGUGUCCAACGUGAGCCUUAGCGGCUGCGCGGGGGUCAACGGCGCUUUGUGUGCCGGAGCCGGGGAAGGGUACCGAACCACCCUUACCCCGACGGGGAACGUGGUGGUGGCUGUGUGCCUUGGCUUCAUCGGCACGUUCGGACUUCUGAACAACCUGCUGGUGCUAGUGCUCUUCUGCCGCUUCAAGAUGCUGCGGUCUCCCAUCAACCUGCUGCUGAUUAACAUUUCCAUCAGCGACCUGCUGGUGUGCGUACUGGGGACUCCGUUCAGCUUCGCGGCCAGCACGCAGGGACGGUGGCUCAUAGGAGAGGCGGGCUGCGUGUGGUACGGAUUCGCCAACUCGCUCUUUGGCAUCGUCUCCCUGAUCUCCUUGGCUGUCCUCUCUUAUGAGCGCUACAGCACCAUGAUGACCCCAACUGAAGCGGACUCGUCCAACUACUGUAAGAUCUCCCUGGGCAUCACCCUGUCAUGGGUCUACUCCCUCAUCUGGACCAUGCCACCGCUCUUUGGCUGGAGCAGCUACGGCCUCGAGGGCCCCGGGACCACCUGCUCGGUUGACUGGUCGGCCAAGACGGCGAAUAACAUCUCUUACAUAAUCUGCCUGUUUGUGUUCUGCCUCAUCGUGCCAUUUGUGGUGAUCGUGUUCAGCUACGGCAAGCUGCUGUGCGCCAUCAGACAGGUGAGCGGUAUAAACGCAUCUAUGAGCAAGAAACGUGAGCAGCGGGUGUUAUUCAUGGUGGUGAUUAUGGUGAUCUGCUAUUUGCUGUGCUGGCUGCCGUACGGCAUCAUGUCCCUGCUCGCCACCUUCGGGCCGCCGGGCCUGGUCACGCCUGAGGCCAGCAUCAUCCCCUCGGUCCUGGCCAAGACGAGCACAGUCAUCAACCCGGUCAUCUACGUCUUCAUGAAUAAACAGUUUUACAGAUGUUUCCAAGCCCUGCUGAGCUGUGAGGCUCCUCGACGAGGCUCCAGCGUAAAAAGCUCCUCCAAGGUCGUCGUCAAGGCCACGAGGGGCGUGGCAGUCACUGGCCCCCGACGUACUAACGACUUUCUAUUUAUGGUAGCCUCUCUGGGUCAACCGGCCACCACCAUGCCCCAACUGGGACCCGCAUAUGAACCCACCAUUGAUGUCACCAGACCCCCCUCCUCAGACAUCAACAAACCUGUCGUAGUAUCGCUAGUGGCCCACUUUGAUGGCUGAUGAAGGCAUCAGCUAUGAAACCUCAAAGUCCCCUGCCCGGAAAUCAUUAAUAAUGAGAGAGGCGGUGUUACUGUGGCUUGGAGAGAAGCAGCCUGCCAGUCCAGGUGGAUUUAAUGCAGCUGUUGCAUCAGCUCAGCCCUGGUUUGAAGAGAUGAUGGACCAGUAACAAAGGAACACUCUUGGACUGUCUUCUGGCAAUAUGUGCAGAAAUCUGAGGCGGUUAGCCUGCAGAAGCUGGGAGUCUGUGUUAUCUUCCAUAAACACAGAUAGCCAUUGUUAGGUGGGGGUUAUUUCUGUAUGAGAUGGACAAUUAUGAAAUCGUGAAACAGACUGCGGAUCAUCUUAG